CGAAGCCCGCCAGUGUUCUCACGCUUGAGCUCGGCGCCUUUUGGGAGAAGAUGCGGCCUGCCCGAGGCAGUGGGGAGAGGCAGAGGAACUGGGUUUCUCAAAGGGCAGAGUCAUGUAGCAAACGGUUACCCCGGGUGCCUCGGUUUCCCAUUUGGCCAGUGGGGCCGGUGGUCUGCUGAGCUUUGGAGAGAAUGAGGGCUCGUAAAGCUACUGAGUUGGAACUGGGGGCGGUAGCUGCCAUCCAGAGCUAAGUCAAAGAGCGCCUAAGUAAGGUUCCCCCAUUCAGACUUCGGGAUAGAAUUGUGGCUACUAAAAAUCACAUUAAAUCAGUUAGCUAAAAGUACUUGGAUUUCUGAGGAUCAUGCAUACAUACACAUUACAUUCUUGACUUCCUAGAUUGAAUUUUUUUGAAAUUUAGUGAGAUUUUAUUCUCAGUAGCUUUUGAUUUGGGCCCUUUCUCCCCCUCUUGUACUUGUUAUCUCUUGCUCUUUACGCUAACAGUAUCUCCCUGAAGAAUCGAAAUUCCGUUGGGGGGAUUUUCGGGGGGCGAUGGAAGCCGCAGGGCAGAAAAGCCAUUUCUUGUGUUUCUCUCCUUUUCCCCGUGACUAGCUUACCCCACCACGGACACCUGUAGGAACCUCCCCUCCCAUCACCGCCUCCCGGAGGCGCGCGUCUGCGUGGUUUGGGGGCUCGUCAGGGUCUCGACUGCUCUGUAGGCCGAGUCUGUAUUGGGGAUAGCUAGAAACAUCUUGAAAGUGCUCUGUGUGGAACCUUGGCCUUUGCCCUCCUAACAUCUUUCCUUUCUCUCUUCCUCCUCUCUCUCUUUCCCUCUCUCUCCCCUCUCUCUGCUCUCCCCCUCUCUGCUCUCUUCAGGUCCGAACCGUACUGGGUGCAAUGAAAGCUCCAUGCAGGCCUUACCAUGGAAGGCUGUGACUCGCCUGUCAUCCCUGGGAAGGACAAUGGGUGUGGGAUCCCUCAGCACCAGCAAUGGACUGAACUCAACAGCACCCACCUCCCUGACCAACCCAGUAGCAUGGAGCAGUCCGCCACAGACGGCCACGGGCCCCUAGACAGCCUGCGGGCCCCCUUCAAUGAGCGCGGCCCGGACAGCGCGCACCCGGCCGGCCCCACCGCUGAGCCCGCCGGCAAGGAGGUCAGCUGCAACGAGUGCUCGGCCUCCUUCGCCAGCCUACAGACCUACAUGGAGCACCACUGCCCCAGCGCCCGCCCCCCGCUCCCCCUGAGGGAGGAGAGCGGGAGCGACUCCAGUGAGGAGGGGGACGAGGAGAGUGACGUGGAAAACCUGGCUGGAGAGAUAGUCUACCAGCCCGAUGGCUCGGCCUACAUUGUCGAGAGCCUCAGCCAGCUGGUCCAGAGUGGGGGGGCCUGUGGCAGCGGCAGCGGGGCGCUCCCGGCGCUCUUUCUGAACUCUCUGCCCAGCGCUGGGGGUAAGCAGGGGGAGCCCUCUUCCGCCGCCCCGGUCUACCCCCAGAUCAUCAAUACGUUCCACAUAGCCUCGUCCUUCGGGAAAUGGUUCGAGGGCUCGGAGCAGGCCUUCCCGAAUACCUCAGCCCUGACGGGCGUCAGCCCCGUCCUGCACAGCUUCCGCGUUUUUGAUGUGCGGCACAAAAGCAACAAGGAUUACCUGAACAGCGAUGGUUCCGCCAAAAGCUCCUGCGUAUCCAAAGAUGUCCCCAACAAUGUGGACCUGUCCAAGUUUGACGGCUUUGUGCUCUACGGGAAGAGGAAGCCCAUCCUCAUGUGUUUCUUGUGCAAGCUCUCCUUCGGCUACGUCCGCUCGUUCGUGACCCACGCCGUGCACGACCACCGCAUGACCCUCAGCGAGGAGGAGCGGAAAAUUCUUAGUCACAAGAACAUUUCCGCCAUCAUCCAAGGGAUCGGCAAAGACAAGGAACCCCUUGUAAGUUUUCUGGAACCAAAAAACAAAAACUUUCAGCACCCUUUAGUUUCCGCAGCUAACCUCAUGGGGCGACACAGCUUUUACGGUAAAUUUAGCGGCAUUCGGAUGGAAGGGGAGGAGGCGCUCCCGGGCGCUUCGGCCGCUGCCGCCGAGCAGCCCCAGUCAGGCCUCUUGACGCCUGGGACCCUCUUGAACCUUGGCGGGCUGACCAGCUCGGCUCUGAAGACCCCAAUUACCUCAGUCCCCCUGGGCCCCCUGGCUUCCAGUCCUACCAAAUCCUCAGAGGGCAAGGACCCUGGGGUAGCAGAGGGUGAGAAGCAAGAAGUGGGUGACCAGGAUAGCCUCUCAGAGAAGGCAGAGCCAGCUGAGGAUGCGGAGGAGGAGGAAGAGGAGGAGGAGGAGGAUGCAGAGGAGGAGGAGGAGGAGGAGGAGGAAGAGGAGGAGGAGGAGGAGGAGGAGGAAGAUGAGGGUUGCAAAGGACUCUUUCCGAGUGAGUUGGAGGAUGAGUUGGAGGACAGGCCCCAUGAGGAGUCUGGGGCCAUGGCAGGUGGCAGCAACAAAAAUGACCUUGCUCUCUCAAACCAAAGCAUUUCUAACUCUCCCUUAAUGCCUAACAUGCUCCAGACUCUGUCGCGGAGCACCGCUUCUACUAGUUCUAAUUCUACUUCUUCCUUUGCUGUCUUUGAUGGUGCAAACAGGAGGAAUCGUUUAAGCUUUAACAGUGAGGGUGUCAGGGCCAGUGUGGCAGAGGGCAGCAGGAGGUUGGACUUCCUGGAUGAAAGUGCCAAUAAAGACAAUGCCACAGCACCAGAACCAAAUGAAAGCGCAGAGGGGGACGAGGGGGGCUACCUCUCCCAUCACCAGCACGCUGGGGCCCUCUGUGAGCUUGGGGUGGGGGAGUGCCCCUCGGGGAGCGGCGUGGAGUGCCCCAAGUGUGACACGGUCCUGGGCUCUUCCCGCUCCCUGGGGGGGCACAUGACCAUGAUGCAUUCUCGGAACUCGUGCAAGACGCUCAAGUGUCCCAAGUGCAAUUGGCACUACAAGUACCAGCAGACGCUCGAGGCGCACAUGAAGGAGAAGCAUCCCGAGCCCGGCGGCUCGUGCGUCUACUGCAAGAGCGGGCAGCCUCACCCGCGCCUGGCGCGGGGCGAGAGCUACACGUGCGGUUACAAGCCUUUCCGCUGUGAGGUCUGUAACUACUCGACUACUACCAAAGGCAACCUCAGUAUUCAUAUGCAGUCCGACAAGCAUCUCAACAACAUGCAGAACCUGCAGAAUGGGGGGGGCGAGCAAGUCUUCAGUCACUCGGCCGGGGCCGCGGCGGCGGCUGCGGCGGCCGCGGCGGCCGCGGCCAACAUCGGCAGCACCUGCGGGGCCCCCUCCCCCACCAAACCAAAAACCAAGCCCACCUGGCGGUGCGAGGUGUGCGACUACGAGACCAACGUGGCCAGGAACCUCCGCAUCCACAUGACCAGCGAGAAGCACAUGCACAACAUGAUGCUUCUGCAGCAGAACAUGACCCAGAUGCAGCACAACCGGCACCUGGGCCUCGGGGCCCUGCCCUCCCCGGCCGAGGCCGAGCUCUACCAGUACUACCUGGCCCAGAACAUGACGCUGCCCAACCUCAAGAUGGACAGCCCGGCCUCGGAGGCCCAGUUCAUGAUGAGCGGGUUUCAGCUGGAUCCCACCAGCCCCAUGACGGCAAUGGCGACCCCAGCUCUAGUGGGCGGUGAAAUACCCCUAGACAUGCGGCUGGGGGGCGGGCAGCUGGUGUCUGAGGAGCUGAUGAACUUGGGCGAGAGCUUCACGCAGACCAAUGACCCGUCCCUGAAGCUGUUCCAGUGUGCGGUGUGUAACAAGUUCACCACCGACAGCCUGGACCUGCUGGGCCUGCACAUGAACAUGGAGCGCGGCCUCCCUGAGGAGGAAUGGAAGGCAGUGAUGGGGGACUCCUAUCAGUGCAAGCUCUGCCGGUACAAUACCCAGCUCAAGGCCAAUUUUCAGCUCCACUGCAAGACGGACAAGCACGUGCAGAAGUACCAGCUGGUAGCGCACAUCAAGGAAGGCGGGAAAGCCAACGAGUGGCGACUGAAGUGCGUGGCCAUUGGAAACCCUGUGCAUCUGAAGUGCAAUGCCUGUGACUACUACACUAAUAGUCUGGAGAAGCUCCGGCUCCACACGGUCAACUCGAGGCACGAAGCAAGCCUGAAGCUGUACAAGCACCUUCAGCAGCAUGAGGCCGGCAUCGAGGGAGAGAGCUGCUACUAUCACUGUGUCCUGUGUAACUACUCCACCAAGGCCAAGCUUAACCUCAUCCAGCACGUGCGCUCCAUGAAACAUCAGCGCAGCGAGAGCCUGCGCAAGCUGCAGAGGCUCCAGAAGGGCCUUCCCGAGGAAGAGGAGGACUUGGGGCAGAUAUUCACCAUCCGCAAGUGCCCAGCCACCGACCCAGAAGAAUCAAUUGAAGAUGCCGAAGGACCCAGUGAAACAGCUGCUGACCCAGAAGAGCUCACUAAAGAUCCAGAAAGUGGAGGUGAUAAAGACCAGGGCAAGUGGCCAGCCUCGUCCAGCCAGGCAGACAAGGAGCUCCCAGACUGUCCCGCAGCCUCCAAGCGCGCGUCCUUCCCGAGUGGCUCGGAGCCCCCCCUCUCUUCCAAGAGACCUAAAACAUCGGAGGAGGCCCGAGCAGAGCAGAUGUUCCAGUGCCCGUACUGUAAGUACAGUAACGCGGAUGUGAACCGGCUGCGGGUGCACGCCAUGACUCAGCACUCGGUGCAGCCCAUGCUGCGCUGCCCGCUGUGCCAGGACAUGCUCAACAACAAGAUCCACCUGCAGCUGCACCUCACCCACCUCCACAGCGUGGCCCCAGACUGUGUGGAGAAGCUCAUCAUGACGGUGACAACCCCUGAAAUGAUGAUGCCCAGCAGCAUGUUUCUCCCGGCCGCUGUUCCAGACCGAGAUGGGAGCUCCAACCCAGAGGAGGCGGGAAAGCAGCCUGAAACCUCAGAGGAUCUGGGGAAGAAUGUCCUGCCACCGGAAAGCACAGAACAUAGCGGAGAGCUGAAACCCUCUGCCGCUGACCCAAGCUCUGCACGGGAGGAAUCGGGCUUCCUGUGCUGGAAGAAAGGAUGCAACCAAGUCUUCAAAACCUCUUCAGCUCUUCAGACGCAUUUCAAUGAGGUCCACGCCAAGAGGCCUCAGCUGCCCGUGUCCGACCGCCACGUGUACAAGUACCGCUGCAAUCAGUGCAGCCUGGCCUUCAAGACGGUGGAGAAGCUCCAGCUCCAUUCGCAGUACCACGUCAUCAGGGCGGCCACCAUGUGCUGCCUCUGCCAACGCAGUUUUCGGACUUUCCAGGCCUUGAAAAAGCACCUCGAGACCAGCCACCUGGAGCUGAGCGAGGCAGACAUCCAGCAGCUGUACAGCGGCCUCCUGGUCAACGGCGACCUCCUGGCCAUGGGCGACCCCUCCUUGGCGGAAGAUCACACCAUCAUCGUCGAGGAGGACAAGGAGGAGGAGAGUGACCUGGAGGAUAAGCAGAGCCCCACGGGCAGCGAUUCUGGGUCAGUCCAAGAGGAUUCAGGCUCGGAACCAAAGAGGGCUCUUCCUUUCAGAAAAGGCCCAAAUUUCACAAUGGAGAAGUUUCUGGAUCCUUCCCGCCCUUACAAAUGUACGGUCUGCAAGGAGUCUUUUACCCAAAAGAACAUUCUCUUGGUUCACUAUAAUUCGGUCUCCCAUCUGCACAAGUUAAAGAGAGCCCUCCAGGAGUCGGCCACCGGCCAGCCAGAGCCCACCAGUAGUCCCGACAACAAGCCCUUUAAGUGUAACACCUGCAACGUGGCCUACAGCCAGAGUUCCACUCUGGAGAUCCACAUGCGGUCCGUGCUGCAUCAGACCAAGGCGCGAGCAGCCAAGCUGGAGGCCGCGGGGGGCAGCGGGGCCAGCAACGGCACCGGCAACAGCAACAGCCUCCCUCUGGGAGCCUCGGCCCCGAGUCCCGUGAGCACGAGCGGGGGCAGCGGCGCCUUCCCCGCCGCCAGCUCGGGCAGCGCCGGCCCAGCCCCGGGCGCCAGUCUGCUCGGCCAGGCCCCGGGCGACAGUGCGGGGGGGCUGCCGCCCCUCGGGAACCCCGUGGCCUCCAGCAUCGCCUCCCCUUCGGAGCCCAAGGAGGUCAACCGCAAGAAGCUGGCAGAUAUGAUCGCCUCCAGGCAGCAGCAGCAGCAGCAGCAGCAGCAACAGCAGCAGCAGCAGCAGGCCCAGACGCUGGCGCAGGCCCAGGCCCAGGUCCAGGCGCACCUGCAGCAGGAGCUGCAGCAGCAGGCGGCCCUCAUCCAGUCCCAGCUCUUCAACCCCGCCCUGCUGCCCCACUUCCCCAUGACCACAGAGACCUUGCUCCAGCUGCAGCAGCAGCAGCAUCUGCUCUUCCCCUUCUACAUCCCCAGUGCCGAGUUCCAGCUCAACCCGGACGUGAGCCUGCCCGUCACGAGCGGGGCCAGCCUGAUGCUGACCGGGACCGGCCCCGGCCUGCUGGAGGACUUGAAGGCUCAGGUGCAGAUCCCCCAGCAGAGCCACCAGCAGAUCCUGCAGCAGCAGCCGCCGCCGCAGGGCCAGCUCUCGCUGUCGCAGCCGCACACCGCCCUCCUGCCGCAGGGCCAGCACCCGGAGAAGAAGAGCAAGGCCGCGGUCGUCAAGGAAAAAGACAAAGAGGGUCCGAGGGAGGGCGCAGAGAGGGGCGAGGGGGGCGCCGGCCCCAAGGAAUCCCAUGCAGACGCCUCCAAGCCCAAAGACAAGAAAGACUUCGCGCCCGGAGCCGGCGCCGAAGCCGCGAUGCUCCCCCCGCGCAUCGCCUCGGACGCCAGGGGCAACGCCACCAAGGCCUUGCUGGAGAACUUUGGCUUUGAGCUGGUCAUCCAGUACAACGAGAAUAAGCAGAAAGUGCAGAAGAAGAGUGGCAAGGCGGAGCCAGGAGACAGCUUGGAGAAGCUGGAGUGCGACUCGUGUGGCAAGCUCUUCUCCAACAUCCUGAUCCUGAAGAGUCACCAAGAGCACGUGCACCAACACUACUUUCCCUUUAAGCAGCUGGAGAGGUUCGCCAAGCAGUACCGCGAGCACUACGAUAAGCUGUACCCGCUGAGACCCCAGACUCCGGAGCCGCCGCCCCCGCCCCCGCCGCCGCCCCCGCCCCCGCCGCUCCCCGUGGCGCCACCCCAGCCGGCCUCCACCCCCACUCUCCCCACGCCCGCUCCUCCCAUCACUUCUCCCACCAUCGCCCCGGCCCAGCCCUCCGUGCCGCUCACGCAGCUCUCCAUGCCCAUGGAGCUGCCCAUCUUCUCGCCGCUCAUGAUGCAAACCAUGCCCCUGCAGACGUUGCCAGCCCAGUUGCCCCCUCAGCUCGGUCCGGUCGACCCUCUGCCCGCCGACCUGGCUCAGCUUUACCAGCAUCAGCUCAACCCCAGCCUGCUCCAGCAGCAGAACAAGAGGCCCCGCACCAGAAUCACGGACGACCAGCUCCGCGUCCUCCGGCAGUAUUUUGACAUCAACAACUCCCCCAGUGAGGAACAGAUCAAAGAGAUGGCCGACAAGUCCGGAUUGCCCCAGAAGGUGAUCAAGCACUGGUUCAGAAAUACCCUGUUCAAGGAGCGCCAGCGCAACAAGGACUCGCCCUACAACUUCAGCAACCCCCCCAUCACGAGCCUGGAAGAACUCAAGAUCGACUCGCGGCCACCUUCGCCGGAACCCCAGAAACACGAGUACUGGGGGAGCAAGAGGUCAUCCAGGACGCGGUUCACCGAUUACCAGCUGAGAGUCCUGCAGGAUUUCUUCGACGCCAACGCUUACCCAAAGGACGACGAAUUUGAACAGCUUUCCAAUUUACUGAACCUGCCCACCCGAGUCAUCGUGGUCUGGUUUCAGAACGCCCGGCAGAAGGCCAGGAAGAAUUACGAAAACCAGGGAGAGGGCAAGGAUGGGGAAAGGCGCGAGCUUACCAAUGACAGGUAUAUCCGAACGAGCAAUUUAAACUACCAGUGCAAAAAAUGUAACUUAGUCUUUCAACGUAUUUUUGAUCUUAUUAAGCAUCAGAAAAAGCUGUGUUACAAAGACGAGGACGAGGACGGGCAGGACGAUAGCCAAAAUGAGGACUCUAUGGACGCCUUGGAGCUGCUGACUCCGACCAGUUCCUCCUGCAGCACCCCGAUGCCCUCCCAGGCCUACGGGGCCCCGGCCUCGGCGGCCAACGCGUCGGCUUCCACCUUUCUGCAGCUCAGCGCGGAGGCCGAGGAAGCCUCCGCCUUCGGCUCCAAAAUAGAAGCUACAGACGAGAAACCAAAGCAGCCCGAACCUCCCGGGGCACAGCCAAACCAAACCCAAGAGAAGCAAGUACAGCCAAAGCACGAGUCUCAGCCGCCACCGCCGGCCGACCAGCCGGACCAGAAGGGCAACGCCGCCCCGCCGAAGAACCCCGCGCUGCCCUCCCCGGCCCUGCAGCAGCCGCCGCAGCAGGCGCCCCCCGCGUGCUCCCUGCCCCAGUCGAGCCCCAGCCCGUCCUCGCAGCUCUCCCACCUGUCCCUCAAGCCUCUCCACACCUCCACUCCGCAGCAGCUGGCCAACCUCCCUCCCCAGCUCAUCCCCUAUCAGUGCGACCAGUGCAAGCUGGCCUUCCCCUCCUUUGAGCACUGGCAAGAGCAUCAGCAGCUCCACUUCCUGAGCGCACAGAACCAGUUCAUCCACCCCCAGUUUCUGGACAGGACGCUGGACAUGCCUUUCAUGCUGUUCGACCCCAGUAACCCGCUGCUCGCGAGCCAGCUGCUGUCCGGGGCCCUGCCCCAGGUGCCGGCCAGCUCGGCCACGUCCCCCUCCACGCCCACCUCCACCAUGAACACGCUGAAGAGGAAGCUGGAGGAGAAGGCCAGCGCCAGCCCCGGGGAGAACGACAGCGGCACCGGGGGAGAGGAGCCUCAGAGAGACAAGCGCUUAAGGACGACCAUUACUCCCGAGCAACUGGAGAUCCUCUACCAGAAGUACCUGCUGGACUCCAACCCCACCCGGAAGAUGCUGGACCACAUUGCACACGAAGUGGGCCUGAAAAAGCGGGUGGUGCAGGUCUGGUUUCAGAACACCCGCGCUCGGGAGAGGAAAGGGCAGUUUCGGGCCGUGGGCCCCGCCCAGGCCCACAGGCGGUGCCCCUUCUGCCGGGCGCUCUUCAAAGCCAAGACUGCUCUGGAGGCCCACAUCCGCUCCCGCCACUGGCACGAGGCCAAAAGAGCUGGCUACAACUUGACCCUGUCCGCCAUGCUGUUGGACUGCGACGGCGGCAUGCAGAUGAAAGGAGACCUUUUUGACGGGAGCGGCUUUUCCCACCUGCCGCCCGGCGGCAGCGACGGCCAGGGGGUGCCCCUCUCGCCGGUGAGUAAAACCAUGGAGCUGUCCCCCAGAACCCUGCUCAGCCCUUCCUCCAUCAAAGUGGAAGGCAUAGAAGACUUCGAAAGUCCCUCCAUGUCCUCAGUCAAUCUCAGCUUCGACCAGACCAAGCUGGACAACGACGACUGCUCCUCCGUCAACACGGCCAUCACGGACACCACCACGGGAGACGAAGGCAACGCGGACAACGACAGCGCCACGGGAAUAGCCACCGAAACCAAGUCGUCGGCGGCGCCCAGCGAGGGGCUGACCAAAGCCGCCAUGAUGGCCAUGUCCGAGUACGAAGAUCGCCUGUCCUCCGGCCUGGUCAGCCCGGCUCCCAGCUUUUACAGCAAGGAAUACGACAACGAAGGCACGGUGGACUACAGCGAGACGUCCAGCCUGGCCGAUCCCUGCUCCCCGAGCCCCGGGGCCAGCGGCUCGGCCGGCAAGUCCGGGGACGGCGGAGACCGGCCGGGCCAGAAACGGUUUCGGACUCAGAUGACCAACCUUCAGCUGAAGGUCCUCAAGUCGUGCUUUAACGACUACAGGACGCCAACCAUGCUGGAGUGCGAGGUCCUGGGCAAUGACAUUGGACUGCCAAAGAGAGUCGUUCAGGUCUGGUUCCAGAACGCCCGAGCGAAGGAGAAGAAGUCCAAGCUAAGCAUGGCCAAGCAUUUCGGUAUCAACCAAACAAGCUACGAGGGACCCAAAACAGAGUGCACUUUGUGUGGCAUCAAGUACAGCGCCCGGCUGUCUGUACGCGACCAUAUCUUUUCUCAGCAGCAUAUCUCCAAAGUGAAAGACACCAUCGGGAGCCAGCUGGACAAGGAGAAGGAGUACUUCGACCCGGCCACCGUCCGCCAGCUGAUGGCUCAGCAAGAGCUGGAUCGCAUCAAAAAGGCCAACGAAGUUCUCGGGCUGGCGGCUCAGCAGCCGGGGAUGUUCGACAACCCUCCUCUUCAAGCUCUUAACCUCCCCACGGCUUAUCCUGCGUUACAGGGCAUCCCCCCAGUGUUGCUCCCUGGCCUCAACAGCCCGUCUCUGCCGAGCUUCACUCCAUCCAACACAGCUUUAACUUCUCCCAAACCGAACCUGAUGGGUCUGCCCGGCACGACGGUCCCUUCACCUGGCCUUCCGACAUCUGGAUUACCAAAUAAACAGUCGUCAGCCUCGCUGAGCUCCCCGACCCCAGCACAAGCCACGAUGGCGAUGACCCCGCAACAACCCCCCCAGCCCCAGCAGCAGCAGCAGCCGCCGCCCCCGGUGCAGCAGCAGCAGCAGCAGCCACCCACGCAGCAGCAGCAGCCACCACCCACGCAGCAGCAGCAGCCACCUCCGCAGCCGCCGCCUCUGCAGCAGCAGCAGCAGCAGCAGCGAAAGGACAAGGAAGUAGAGAAAAUUAAAGAAAAAGAAAAGGCACAUAAAGGGAAAGGGGAGACCCUGGCGGGCCCCAAGAAGGACAAAGGAGAGGCCCCCGCAGCCACCCUCUCUGCCCCGUUACCCACAAUGGAGUACGCGGUGGACCCGACGCAGCUGCAGGCCCUGCAGGCAGCCUUGACCUCGGACCCCACCGCUUUGCUCACCAGCCAGUUCCUUCCUUACUUCGUCCCCGGCUUCUCUCCUUACUACGCCCCCCAGAUCCCGGGCGCCUUGCAGAGCGGCUACCUGCAGCCCAUGUACGGCAUGGAGGGCCUGUUCCCUUACAGCCCCGCGCUGUCGCAGGCCCUGAUGGGGCUGUCCCCUGGCUCCCUGCUGCAGCAGUAUCAGCAAUACCAGCAGAGUCUGCAGGAGGCACUGCAGCAGCAGCAGCAACAGCAGCAGCAGCAGCAGCGGCAGCUACAGCAGCAGCAGCAGCCACCACCGCAGCAGCAGCAGCACCAACCGCAGAAAGUACAGCAGCAGCAGCAGCAGCAAGCGCCCCAGCCUCAGCCCCAGUCCCAACCCCUGCCCCAGCCGCAGCAGCAGCAGCAGCAGCAGCCGCCCAAAGCAAGCCAAACCCCAGUCCCCCCGGGGGCCGCUUCCCCCGACAAAGACCCUGCCAAAGAAUCCCCCAAACAAGAAGAGCAGAAAAGUGCACCCCGCGAGGUGUCCCCCCUCCUGCCGAAACCCCCAGAAGAGCCAGAAGCAGAAAGCAAAAGUGUGGACUCCCUCUCGGACCCCUUCAUUGUUCCAAAGGUGCAGUACAAGCUGGUCUGCCGCAAGUGCCAGGCGGGCUUCGGCGACGAGGAGGCGGCCACGAGCCACCUGAAGUCCCUCUGCUUCUUGGGCCAGGCGGCGGCGAGCCUGCAGGAGAUGGUGCUCCACGUGCCCACGGGCGGCGGAGGGGGGGCCGGCGGGGGAGCCGGGGGCGGGGCUGGCGGCGGGGGCGGCGGGGGCCCCUACCACUGCCUGGCCUGCGAGAGCACCCUCUGCGGGGACGAGGCGCUGAGUCAACAUCUCGAGUCGACCUUGCACAAACACAGAACAAUCACGAGAGCAGCAAGAAACGCCAAAGAGCACCCUAGUUUAUUACCUCACUCUGCCUGCUUCCCCGGUCCUGGCACCGCAUCUACCUCGCAGUCUGCCGCUCACUCAAACGACAGCCCCCCGCCCCCCUCCUCUUCCUCCUCCUCCUCUUCCUCUUCUUCCUCCUCCUCCUCCUCCUCUUCCUCUUCCUCCUCUGCUUCCCCCCACGCCUCCUCCAGAAAGUCUUGGCCUCCAGGGGUCCCUCGGGCUUCGGUUGGGAAGCCCGCUUCUUUUCCUCCUCUCUCCUCAUCUUCAACGGUUACCUCAAGUUCAUGCAGCACCUCAGGGGUUCAGCCCUCGAUGCCAACAGACGACUAUUCGGAGGAGUCUGACACGGAUCUUAGCCAAAAGUCCGAGGGGCCAGCCAGCCCGGCCGAGGGGCCCCCGGCCCCCAGCUGCCCCCCCCAGGACCCUGGUCUAGCUAGUGUAGGAAUGGACCCCUUCAGAUUGUAAGCUUUGAAGAUGAACAAUUUAAAACACAAACACACACACACACACACACACACACACACAAAUGAAUUUAAAUAAAAAAAUUAAUAACAAACCAAUUUCAAAAAUAGACUAACUGCAAUUCCAAAGCUUCUAACCAAAAAAAAAAAAAAGAAAAAAAAAGAAAAAAAAAAGAAAAAGCGUGGGUUGUUUUCCCAUAUAACUAUCUAUGCCGGUGAUUUUACAUUCUUACCUUUUUUUUUCUUUUACUAUAAAAUACCAACUCUGUUACAUUUGUCCUUUUGAAGGUACUAUUGGUCUGGGAGACAGAAGUCCAUAGGGCCUCCUCAUUGUCUUUGGAGCUUACACCCCCUUGUAUAUUGCCCCUUUUCAAUAACGCCCCAAUUGAUAGCACAGCAGAGUCCGGCAUGCACUGUAUGGGAAAGCAGUCCACCUUGUUACAGUUUUAAAUUUCUUGCUAUCUUAGCAUUCAGAUACCAAUGGCUUGCUAAAAGAAAAAAGAAAUGUAAUGUCUUUUUAUUCUCAGGUCAAUCGCUCACACUUUGUUCUGUUUUCAGAAUCAUUGUUUUAUAUAUAUAUAUAUAUAAAUAUAUAUAUUUUCUUUUUUUUGUUCCAGAAAAGAAUUUUUUUGUUUGUUAAUUUAAAAAUGGGCAGAAAGUAUUCGAGAAAAAAAAAAAAAAAAAAAACAAUGUGAACUGCUUUAGCUUUCUGGGGAUUUUAAGGAUAGCUUUUCUGCUGAAGCCAAUUUCAAGGGGAAAAGUUAAGCACUCCCACUUUUCAGAAAAAAUAAAAUAAAACACACAAAGAGUGUUGAGGACUUGUAGCUAAAAAAAAAAAUAAGUUUUAAAAAAACUGACUUUCUGUAUUUAUGAUAGAUAUGACCAUUUUUGGUGUUGAGUAGAUUGUUGCAUUGGAAAUGAACUGAAGCAGUAUGGUAGAUUUAAAAGAAAAAAAAAAAAACCUUUUGUGUACAUUUAGCUUUUGUAUGGUCCAGCUGACAGCUCCUCAUUUGAUGUUGUCUUGUUCAUUCCUAGCAGAUAGAUUGCAAAAUCCGUUGAUUCGCCGAAGCUUUUCUCCCCUUUGUCCCUUUAUUCCCCCAUCCCCCAUCCUGUAAUCUUCCACUUAAGGUGGCUGCCUUCAUUUCUUAGAGGGUGGCUGCAUAAUUAUUUUAUAAAAACUAAAGAAAGAAGUUCAAAGGGUUUUUGGGGUCACUAGGAUCCUCACAGAAUAUUUUUGGUUGGGGAGUUGAAACUUUUUAAGGCGUAUACAUCCUAGUUACCUAUGUCUGUUACCUUCGUGCACUUAGCUUUUAUUUUUCUUUCCUCUGUUUUUUUCCCCCCUUCUUUCCUUUCUCCCUUUCCUUAUUUGGUAGAUGCUUCAAAGAUUCUUUUCCUAAAAACAAAAGCAUUUAUUUCUGUUUAUGUAAUUGGGCUGCGCACUUUUUUUUUCCAAACAAAUUUUUGGUUAGGGGUUUGUUUUGGUUUUGGUUUGUUUUGGGUUUUUUUUUUUCCUCUCAGAAAAAAAAAAAAAAAAGAAAUUUCAUGCUUUAAAUAAAAUCCAAAGACAUACCCUUUCACUGCUGGUGCAGGAAGAGGGGGAAAGGGUUCUUGUUACUUGAGAAUUUGUUUCUGAAUUAAACAAAACAAGACUAAGUUUAAAUAAAGGAGAAAAAAAAAAGAGAAAAAGAUUUCCCAGGUUGUUAUCUGUGCUUCUUCUGCAAGCAGAGAGGCAGCUGUUAAUGACGAUUCCACAUACCAAAAGACACGUUUUUACUUCAGAGUUUUGUCCUUGUGUUAGGCAGUCUGAGCGGUGAAUGAUCCAGAAGGGGCAGCCAACCAAGAAUCAGAUAGCAGUGUACAGAAAAAAACAAAAAAACAAAACCCAAAAAAACAAACAACAAAAGGAACUGGACAUAAGGCACUUGUGUUUGUUAAUCUCUGUAUUCCUGUGACAUACAACACAACACAACACAACACAACGCAACACGCCCUUUCUCAUCUUUAAAAGUCUGGACUUUGAAAGGAAAACUUUGUGCUGCUAAAAAUGUAGAUUUCGGAGACAAAUAAAUGCUUUGCUGUUUCACUUUCGUAGCCAAAAGUCAACAGAAACAAUCUCCCCCAUCCCACCCCUUUUGCCCCGAAAGUGUGAGAUCCUUCCUCUCCUCCUCCCUCACCCCCAUCCUCACCUCCCUUUUCUUUCUACUCCUUAUGUUUCAAAAGGGAACUUUGAAGACUGUGAACCAGGUUCCAUUGGUCUGUCACCUUUCCGGCUGCUUUCCCCAGUGCUGAAGCCACUCAUUCAUCGGCUUUGCAAAAGACUGGAGCAUUCCACGAUAGGAAAAUGGAUUUCAUUUUUUUUUUUUUUAAAGCCGGGACUGUUUUUAUUUUUAUGAGGUUUUUGUUUUUAGUUUAAUGAAAGAGCAGAUCCUGAACUGUUGUACAUAUUUCUAACUAGGCUGAUGCACAGUGCAAAUUCCUUUUUUAAUUGUUUUUUUAAGUAGAAAAUACUAAAGAGUACCAUCUAAAUAUUCAUACCAGUAUCCAGUUGUAGCAUAAGGUGUCAAAAACAAGUACACAAACCAUUUGCUGUUUUAACAAGCUGUUUUCUUUUAACAGAAAUUCUUGUAUUUCUCCCUGUGUUUGAGAUGAACAUUUUUUAAAUUCUAAAGUUGUACAGUUUUUUGUUUUCCAUUAUUUUAUCUUGUUUGUAAUUCUAUGAAAUAUAUAUAUAUAUAUUUUUUGCCAUUUAACUGUUGUAUGUUACUCUGUGUCUGUAUCAUAUAGAAUUUUUUGUUUGUUUUUGGUUCUCUAUGUGAUACCAAUUAACAAUUUAACACUAGCUUUAUCUGUCAAAUUCUGCUAGGUCUCUUCUGAAACUUUUUUUUAACGAUAUUGCUUGGUAAUAGUGCAAUUUCUAUCCCUCCCCCUCCCCCAACUUUUAAUUCAUUUCCUUGAAUUUUUCCCACCUCUCAGGAUUUGGAAUAUGGGGUGUUUGGGUGCUCUCAUUUCCCACCCACCCGAAAAAAAAAUAAGAUUACAUCCUCCCUCUCUGGCAGAUGAGAUGCUGUAGGGUGAUGUUAGGGCCAAGUGUGCAGGCAGGGGAUCAGGUACUCCACCUGGUUUUCCCUGGCAUUGGCAAAUGGCAUUGGGGUUGGGGAAGCCUUAACUUCCACCUUAUGAUUUUUUCCCCCAGAUGUUAAUGUGACUAACCAAACUUAGUUCAGUCCUAAAUAGAGUGCACAGAGCAAAUGAUUUUUCUUCAGUCACAAGUUGGCACGUUUGUGUCCAUUAAGAAUUCUCAUCUUGGAAGCCAACCCCAGGAAUAGCAGAACUGUGAUACUUAAAGGUGCUUCUACCCAAGGUGGCUGAGUGACCAGUGUGAUUAAAAAUACAAAACAAAAACCAGGCAAAUUAACUUCCAAAUUUAUUUGUGAAUAUCUGGAUUUCACUUUAGAGUAGGUUUGUUUUUUGUUUUUCCAUCUGGGAAUUAGUCCUGUCUGCUGCCUGGUAGAAGGAUGUAUUAUUCUGUUAAUUCCCUUUUCAAAUUCACCUCCUCCAUUUUGUAAAAUCCUGAACAACAUGGUUUCCAUCUUCACCCCAGCCAUUAGGAUGAUGACGCUGGAUUGGCUGGGACGAUUUUCUCAUAGCACCAAAUGAAUCCAUGAAGUUCGCCUUCUUUCUUCCACCCCUCAAAAAAAAAAAAAAAAAGGUGGGAGAAGAUAGCCUUCCAUCUCCCACAUCCCCUCCCCAGGCGCACACCCCUGAACCCUCAUAAUACAAGGAAAAGAUUUAAAACACUUCGCAGAUUUUUCGUUUGUUUUUAAAUUAAAAGCUAUUUAAAGAGAUGAAUGUGGCCAAAGUUUUACACAAUUGAAAAUAAAGUAAAACAGUUGGCAUGUGUUAAAGAAACCUGAGUUUAUCAGGCAUGUCAGGAAGAUGCAGGAAAGAGAGAGGCAGUAACCCAAGCCAGUGCACUUGAUGUUCAUGGACAUAUAUUUUUUUUAAAUAAUAAAUUAAAUUAAAACAUUUUAAAUAGAAGCAGAAAUUGAGUUGGUUGGUUGGUUUGUUGGCGCUGAGAUACUGCCCACUGUGAAACACAAAGCUUUGACUAGUUUUUUUGUUUACUUUCUUUUGUGGGGGGAGGGGGGCAAGUUUGGGUAGGACAGAAACCGUAAAUGAACGUUACCCUGAGGUAAAGAGGUAUAUGAACAGCCUUUGCAAUGUACAAAAAAAAUAGAGCAAAUGAAACCAAAAAAUGAUGUUCUUGGUGUUUUUCUAUAAUGUAGUCUUGUUAGCUUUUUUUGUUACUGUAACAAUGCUGAUCUCGAACUGUACCAAAAUACAUGGAGACUAACAGAAACAGAAACCACAUGGAACUUUCAAAACUUAAAAAAAAAAAAUUUGUCACAAAAAAACUUUGUUGUCAUAGUUAAGUUGAUUGUAGAUGGUAAUUGAAUAUACUCCUUUGAAAAUAUUUCAUCAAGUAUGUUUCCUGCUCAUUGUGAUACAUUAAAAAAAAAUAUGAGCAAAAA